AUGUUUGGUACACGUACCGUGCAGGUUGAAGACACAGUAGACUCCGACAGCAUGGUGGUAAAGGGUCGACAUUCAUUACCGUUUGUCUCUGUGCUGGGUCUGAUAACGUUCAACGCAGGCCUAUGGUUACCCACAUCUAGAGCCGGUGUACAGAGCAAGUUCGGAGCAUUGCAGUAUAGCGUUUUAUCAUCCUACUCUGACAUCCUGGGUAACUGGGCUGCUACUCCCAGGUCCAUCUAUCCUUGUUUCAAACGAAUGGCUAUCAUCUUGAUCUUGCCUAGCCGCAAGAAGGCUGUGUUUAGAGGGGUGGGAGGACGGUGGGUUGCUGGAUGUUUGCGUCAUGUUCCACAAAAUGCGGUCCGUUUCACCUGCCGGCAAGAUGCUAUUUUCCCUGCGGCAUUGGACGCUCUUUCUGCGAGCAUAGACAUACUUCCGGGGAUUUGCUUGCUCACGUGUGCCUCUCGCUUAUUCUGGUCUGGCCAGAGCUUGAUAGCAAUUUUUCAACCAGUGUCUUCGUUUAGUGGAUUUGUAGUAUUUUGA